AUGUUAACUCAAAAGGCGGAAACUUAUUUUGUGUUAGUGAGUGAGAGCGAUAAGACAAGUGAAGAUCUUUUUUCUCGAGCAGAUGAUAAUCCAAAUAGUGAAAAAAAUACGAAUAUGAAAAUGAAUAAUAUAAAUAAUAUUUAUUCGGCUGUUCCCUAUUAUAUUCGAUCAUUAACAAGAUUAAUUUCUCAACAACAAUUAUGUUAUGGAAAUGAGAUCCGAUUUAGUGACUUAAAACUGUUAAACAUCACAAUCCAGAAUUUGUAUGUAUGGCAUUCGCCAAUAGAAAUACUGAAUAAUUAUGGAAAAUAUCUUGUAGCACCCGAUGGGAGUAGUGUUAAUGAUGAACAAAUCUAUUCAGGUAAUAAUACAUGUGUAAAACAAUCAGAACGUUGUGAUGGUAUAAAUAAAUGUAUCUGUGCUGAUGAAGAUGAAUGGUUUUGUGAUUUAAUUCAAAAAAAUGUGUAUAAAUAUUUUACAUUUGAUGGUUUAAAUCAAUAUCCAUCACUCUUUACUAAUUAUGAUGAGACAACAAAAGAACCUAACACUACAAGCUGUUCAAGAAAUAUUCCGCUACAUAGUAAAGAAUGCGUUGAUUGUAUCUUUAAGCUUGACUUGCGUGAAUUGAGCUACUAUUGUAAUCGUAGUAUUCUUAUUCAAUCUAAAAAUAUACAAGGAAUUACAUGUUUUUGUUCACCAGCAUAUUAUGGUAAUAUAUGUCAAUUUCAACAUAAGCGUGUCUCCAUUCACUUGCAAGUUGAAAUAUUCAAAUUUUAUUUAUAG